UGCACAUCCGACAGCAGUUAAUCGUCGCUAGUUGCAAUACCAAUACCCUCAGUCUGUCAACAGCGUCGAAAUUAUACACAGAGUCGUAAGCUGUCGCAAAAACGCAUCUAUCUAUGCACCGAGAGGCAGGAAAACAUGAAAGCCGAUAGGAACAUGUAUAAGCUCCGCUGCGUCAACGAGCCUCUUCCUCUCCGCAGCGGUUACCACCGUGUGCAUGCCUGUAAUUGAAGCCCUCGGCCUAGACAAGGCGUCCGUCGGCGCGUGGAUUGCCGUUUGCAUCGUCCUCGGCAAGCUCUCGAAGACGGGGCAUCUCAACAAGUGGGUCGCUCCGACGCUCGCCAUCGCGUUGGGCCUGGCUGAUACCUUCUUCACGGAGGCGCACUACAAGUUAUACGGCCUCGACACGAUGUCGCCGUUCUCGCGCAUGUUUGCCCAGUUAUUGGGCUCGUGCCUCCUCUCAGGCGGCACGUACGUCGCGGUGCUCGCGAAGGGCGACUCGCAGGAAAAGGCGUUCGGCUACGGCUACGCCGUCAUCGCGGCCGCGGCGCUGAAGGCCGGACUCGUGAACGCCGGCGAGGUCGGGAUGGGAAAGGCGCCGUUCUUCGUCUGGGGAGCCAUUGCGUCGUACAUCGCGUACAGGGCGCUUGACGAGUGAACGCUAUCCUGCGAGGCGCCCCGCCUAAGAUUACUACAGCAG